GUCUCUAAUCACUUUUCGGAUCCUCAAACAACAACCCAAACCCGAAUAUCCUUGUGCCUGCAGCGUUGACAGUUCAAACCUCUCUUUCUAUCUUUCUCUCUAUCGUGUUUUCUACGUUUGAUUCCAAACCCCUUUUCACUCUUCAACUCUAAUCUGAUCCUCUUCUUCAUCUCAAAUUAUUGUUCUUACCCUUUUGUUAUAUAAUCCAUUUUUGAUACAAUAAUCCACUUGGGUCUAAGCUUUUGGUCUCACAAACUUGAUUUCUACAUCUGAUUUUACUGCAAUCUUCAAGGGUAAGCGUAAAGUUUUGAUCUUUAACUUCAAUUACAACUGGGUUUUUGUUUUCUCCUUCAACCCUUCAACCCUUCAAGGUUCAUCAUAUUCAUAGAUUUGAUGUGUUAUAGUUUUGUUUGUAAAUAAAUUUAGAAUCUUUGUUAUUGUCUGUGUAUAUUAUGGCAUCUUAUAAGAAACCUCGUCUUAGAGAUUUAGCUUUGCGCCGUUUGUUAUCUGUGGUGUUUGUUACGUUAGGUGGGGUUUUGAUAUUGAUAUUUCUACUUGGAUCAUCAAAUUCAACAUUGAACAAUGGAAUUAAGGAUUUAGAUAUUGUUGAUGAUGGUUCGAGAUACCGUCGCGACUUGAAGUUUACGAAGAUGCAAACUCUUCCACAACAGAGUGAUUUGUCACUCAGAUUGGAGAAGUUGAAUUUGUUGCCUCCAAGAAACUUGGAUUUGUAUCCAAAUCUUGCUAAGGAUGCUAUCAUUGUUGUUUUGUAUGUUCAUAACCGGCCGCAGUAUCUCCGAGUAGUUGUCGAGAGUCUUUCUAAGGUUGUAGGGAUUAAUGAGACUUUGCUUAUUGUUAGUCAUGAUGGUUACUUUGAGGAAAUGAACAAGAUUAUUAGUGGUAUAAGGUUUUGUCAAGUGAAACAGAUAUAUGCUCCGUAUUCGCCUCAUUUGUUUCCGAAUAGUUUUCCCGGUGUAUCGGUUGGUGAUUGUAAGGAGAAAGAUGACGCGGAAGGAAAACAUUGCAAGGGGAAUUCUGAUCAGUAUGGGAACCACCGUUCGCCGAAGAUUGUAUCGUUGAAGCAUCAUUGGUGGUGGAUGAUGAACACGGUAUGGGAUGGAUUGAACGAAACUAGAGCGCAUUCUGGUCAUAUUCUGUUUAUUGAAGAAGACCAUUUCAUAUUUCCCAACGCGUAUCGCAAUCUUCAGAUACUAACUUCGUUGAAGCCUAUGAAAUGUCCUGAUUGCUAUGCUGCGAAUUUAGCACCUUCUGAUGUGAACUCAAGAGGCGAAGAGUGGGAAAGUUUAAUCGCAGAGAGAAUGGGAAACGUAGGUUACUCGUUCAAUCGAACGGUUUGGAAGAAAAUACACAAUAAAGCUAGUGAGUUUUGUUUCUUUGACGAUUAUAAUUGGGAUAUCACAAUGUGGGCGACUGUUUACCCCUCGUUUGGCAGUCCUGUCUACACGCUACGAGGUCCAAGAACUAGUGCCGUUCAUUUUGGGAAAUGCGGUUUGCAUCAGGGUCAAGGAGAGAAUAAGGCUUGUAUUGAUAACGGCGUGGCGAACAUUCAUGUAGAAGAGCCCGACAAGGUUGCUAACAUUGGUUCUGAUUGGAAUGUCCAUGUCUAUGAAAAUCAGCCCGGCUAUAAAGCCGGGUUUAAAGGUUGGGGGGGAUGGGGGGACGACAGAGACCGUCACUUAUGCUUGAGUUUCGCCAACAUGCAUCGCCCCUCCAAAGGAACUACAUCUCCCUUGUAAGAUUUCAGUUUCUGUCUGCUUCUUUUUUCUUCAUCUAUAUUUGUUUAGUUUUAAUUUGGUGAAUGUGAGAAAAUUAGGUUCUUAAUUACAGGAAUUCAUAUUAGAGCUUUAGAAACAGCUUUUAGGUUUCAUAGUUAUUUGAUAACUUCCUCUAAAUCUUAUGUAGUAGUUGUAACACUGAAUAGAUAACACUUAUUUUUGGCUCUUCCCUCAUAUGAAGGAAGCUUUGUAUUCUCUGAA